AUGGCUCCACCCACGGCAUACAUGCUUUUCUGCAAUGAGAACCGCGAGGCAGUAAGACAGAAGCUUGUAGCGGCUGGACAUCAAAAGGUCGCCAUCACGCUUGUGGCAAAGGAACUUGGACAAGUAUGGAAGGGACUAAGCGAAGAAGAAAAAGCCGCCUAUAAAACCCGAGCAGAAGAGCAGCAACAGCAGGAGCAGGUCGCAGAAGGUGACGCACAGCAGGGCUCGCCGUCGGGGGAGCAACAGCAGGAAGUCGCGGGUGACUUAAAGGCCGCUGCUUUGCCUUCUGCAUGGGUUCGGCGCGUGGUUGGACUGGACCCUGAGAUUCAGCGAUGCUCUGCCGACGCCCUCCUGGCGCUUUCCACAGCGGCUGAUGUCUUCCUGGGGGCAAUAUGUGCCAAGGCGACUGCCGCUGCGGCUGGCGCCAAGCGGCGUACUGUGCGCUUGGACGACAUUGAGCGUUGCGUGCGAAGCGACAAGCGCAUGACGGCAGUAGGGUUACCGGCUGUGUUAAACAUGGUCUCAGCAGCGGCGUCCAAUGCGGCGGAAACCAAGGCAGUGCAACUGGGCAACAAGAAGGCCCGGCUGGAGGGAGCAGCAGUAAACAAUAACAUUAUGCGGGCCUUCGGACUUGCUAAAUGA